CUCUCCUCUCCCACCAACAUCCACGAACACUCAAUCGUAUACUUGAUCCCCAUUUCUUUUCUCUCCAUAAUUCCUCUUAGUAUGUCAAAUGGAAUUGUAAACGGUACCGACGGUCUCGAGAGUCGCUUUGCGUCUCUCGGCAUCAAUGGCACUCGAUCUGCUUAUGUCCCUCCUCAUAUGAGGAAAGCGCAGCAGGCUGCUCCCUCGCCCCCUCCGAGCAAUACUGGGAACGGCUGGAACGCUCCGAACAACGCCCCUCCUUAUCAACCGCGUGGCAACUACAGCGGCGGCUUAGGUGGCGGAAGAAACAACUAUAGCCAAGGCUAUGGCGGUCGCGGAGGCUGGGACUCUCCCAGAGAUAACAGCGGCGGUAGAGGUGGCAGAGAAGACGGCCGCUGGGUUGAUGGGAAACAUAUUCCUGGUCCCCGAAACCUCCGCAUCGAGAAGGAGCUCUUUGGUGAUGCCGAAGAUCCCUCCAAGCAGCACACCGGAAUCAACUUCGAGAAGUACGACGACAUUCCCGUUGAGGCGACGGGCGCUGGCGUCCCCGAACCCAUUACGGAGUUUACGAACCCACCUCUGGAUCCCGUCCUCUUAGAAAACAUCGCGUUCGCUCAUUACACGACGCCGACUCCCGUUCAAAAGUAUUCUAUCCCAAUUGUUGCUGCUAACAGGGACUUGAUGGCGUGUGCUCAGACUGGCUCCGGAAAAACUGGUGGAUUCCUGUUUCCCAUCCUUUCUGCAUCAUUUGUUGAAGGCCCUCGUGCGCCUCCUCUUGAUAUGGGCGGUGCGUACGGACGCCGCAAGGCUUUUCCUACCACGCUUAUUCUGGCACCAACUCGCGAGUUGGUCAGUCAGAUCCAUGACGAAGCCCGCAAAUUUGCCUACCGCUCUUGGGUCCGUACUGCUGUCGUCUACGGUGGUGCUGAUAUUGGGGCUCAGUUGAAGCAAAUUGAUCGUGGGUGUGACCUCCUGGCUGCCACGCCGGGACGUCUCGUUGAUCUGAUUGAACGUGGGCGCAUCAGCCUUGCGAAUAUUCGCUAUCUUGUCCUUGACGAGGCGGAUCGUAUGCUUGACAUGGGUUUUGAACCUCAGAUCCGUCGUAUCGUUCAGGGUGAAGAUAUGCCUGAUGUUCAUAAUCGUCAAACGCUUAUGUUCAGCGCCACGUUCCCGCGCGACAUCCAAAUCCUAGCCAAGGACUUCCUCAAGGACUACGUUUUCCUUUCUGUUGGUCGUGUUGGCUCUACCUCGGAGAAUAUCACGCAGAAAAUAGAAUAUGUUGAAGAUCCGGAUAAACGCUCCGUCCUUCUGGACAUCCUCGCGUCUCAGCCAAGCGGACUUACCUUAAUUUUCGUGGAAACGAAGAAAAUGGCGGACAUGCUUUCUGACUUCCUAAUGGUAAACCAAAUCCCUGCAACAUCUAUUCACGGCGACCGCAGCCAGCGCGAACGUGAAAUGGCACUUGCGACAUUCCGUCAAGGACGCACUCCGGUUUUAGUCGCCACUGCUGUUGCUGCCCGCGGACUCGAUAUUCCGCAUGUCAUGCACGUUAUAAAUUACGACUUGCCUUCUGACAUUGAUGAUUACGUGCACCGUAUUGGUCGUACUGGUCGUGCCGGAAACACCGGUAUUGCGACUGCGUUCUUCAACCGUGGAAACCGCAACAUUGUUCGCGACCUUGUUGAGCUGCUUCGUGAAGCAAACCAGGAGGUUCCGAGCUGGCUCGACGCCGUCGCCCGUGAGUCCUCGUUUGGUGGCGGAGCAUACCGCGGACGCGGCGGUGGAGGCCGUGGUAGAGGCCGUGGGGGUACUCGUGACUACCGUACUGGAGGCGGAGGCGGAGGCGGCUAUGGUGGCGGAGGCUUCGGCGGUCCUCGCAUGAAUGGCAGUGGUGGUAUGGGCGGCGGAUAUGGUGGUCCCCAGUACGGCGGAGGAGGAUACGGCGGCGGCCAAGGAAGCUGGUGGUAAUUUAUCCGCCGUUUUCCUUGAAGCCUGGGCAACUGGCCCUAAUAAUCAAUCAUAUGGCGCAACGUCCAUUCUAUGCUUCCGAAUUAUGAGCCUAUGGUCACUCCGUGGUGCCGCACACCAUUCUAUGCCUUCGUACUCUUUUCUCUUUAAUUUCUUGGAACAAUUCCGCAUACUUAUCACUUCUGCAUUAUUACCGCGCUGCUCUCGCACGAUUAUGACGAUCGUCUCUACGCUUUCUUUCUUUCUGCAAUCUGCUCAUAGAUGAUAUUUUUUGGCCCUAGAUUAUUCGUCUUCGCAAUUCCCACCCAUCCAAGCACUUCAUCACUGUCGACUGAUCUUUAGAGGGCGGGCCAGACCGCAUCAUCUGCACGAGCAGAUAGUACCAUACAUAUAAAAUCCCCUGUAAUUUGCAUAGCGAGAGACAUUUUGUGCUAGAGCAUCGUGUAUUGUAGUCUGUUUCCUUACUGCUGCUUGCCCUGCUCGCUGUACUGCGGGCGAAUACCACUCUGUAUUUG